GCUCUUUCUCUUUUCAAAACCUACCGUUCAUCCGUGUGUCGCCGCACCACGAGUAGCUCUCCGAUUGUCAACUUUGAAACGUUUUUGUACGCGACAGCGAAGACCAGCAGGAAUAGACCAAUGGGCCGUCCACCCUCCACGCUUUUUGUUCACGAUAUUAUGUUAAAACAUUGCGUUUCGGAAAGAAGUUUCAGUGUGUUUCUGAGACAACGGGACAAAAGUUGCAGGAUAAAGACUCCCCGUAUCCGCUCCGUCACCACGAGACCAUCCAGGUCCGAGUCAAGAUGUCCGUCAGCAACCACGAGAACCGGAAGUCCCGGUCCAGCAACGGCUCUAUGAACAUCCACCUGUACCACAAGACGUCCCACGCCGACAGCCUCCUCACCCAGCUCAACCUGCUGCGCAAGCGCAAGUGCUUCACCGACGUGGCACUGCGGGCGGGCAACCGGGCCUUCCCCUGCCACCGGGCCGUGCUGGCCUCCUGCAGCCGCUACUUCGAGGCCAUGUUCAGCGGCGGCCUGCGCGAGAGCCGCGACGCCGAGGUCAACUUCCACGACUCGCUGCACCCCGAGGUGCUCGAGCUGCUGCUGGACUACGCCUACUCGGCGCGGGUCAUCAUCAACGAGGAGAACGCCGAGUCUCUGCUGGAGGCGGGCGACAUGCUGCAGUUCCACGACAUCCGCGACGCGGCGGCCGAGUUCCUGGAGAAGAACCUCCACGAGUCCAACUGCCUGGGCAUGAUGCUGCUCUCCGACGCCCACCAGUGCCAGCGGCUGUACGAGCUCUCCUGGAGGAUGUGCCUGGCCAACUUCGCCACGCUCUACAAGACGGAGGACUUCCUGAACCUGCCCCGCGACAAGGUCCAGGAGCUGAUCUUCAGCGAGGAGCUGGAGGUGGAGGACGAGAGCCUGGCCUACGAGGCGGUCAUCGACUGGGUCAAGGCGGACACGGAGGGCCGGCACGCCGAGCUGCCGGAGCUGCUGCGCUGCGUGCGCCUGGCGCUGCUCCCCGAGUCGUACCUGCUGAAGAACGUGGCGUCGGAGGAGCUGGUCAUGGGGCACAAGGUGGGCCGGGAGAUCGUGGAGGACGCCGUGCGCUGCAAGAUGCGCAUCCUGCAGAACGACGGCAUCGUGACGGGCUUCUGCGCGCGGCCCAGGAAGGUGAACCAGGCGCUGCUGCUGCUGGGGGGGCAGACGUUCAUGUGCGACAAGGUGUACAUGAUCGACAACAAGACCAAGGAGAUCACGCCCAAGACGGACAUACCCAGCCCCAGGAAGGAGUGCAGCGCCUGCGCCAUCGGUUGCAAGGUCUACGUCACCGGGGGGCGCGGCUCGGAGAACGGCGCCUCCAAGGACGUCUGGGUGUACGACACGCUGCACGACGAGUGGUCCAAGGCGGCGCCCAUGCUGGUCGCCCGCUUCGGCCACGGCUCGGCCGAGCUGGACCACAUCCUGUACGCGGUGGGCGGGCACACGUCGCUGGCCGGCUCCUUCCCGGCCUCGCCGUCCGUGUCCCUGAAGCAGGUGGAGCAGUACGACCCGCAGACCAACAAGUGGACGCUGGUGGCGCCGCUCCGCGAGGGCGUGAGCAACGCCGCCGUGGUCGGCGCCAAGAACAAGCUGUUUGCCUUCGGCGGCACCAGCGUCAACCGCGACAAGUUCCCCAAGGUGCAGUGCUUCGACCCCGUGCAGAACCGCUGGACGGUGCCGGCCAACUGCCCGCAGCUCUGGCGCUACACGGCGGCGGCGGUGGUGGGCGCCCACGUGGUGGUCAUCGGCGGCGACACGGAGUUCUCGGCCAGCUCGGCGUACCGCUUCAACAGCGAGACGUUCCAGUGGUCCAAGUUCGGCGACAUGGCGGCCAAGCGCAUCAGCUGCCACGCGGUGGCGUCGGGGAACCGGCUGUACGUGGUCGGCGGCUACGGCGCGCAGCGGUGCAAGACGCUGGACUGCUACGACCCCUCCACGGACUCCUGGGACAGCGUCACCAGCGUGCCGUACUCGCUCAUCCCCACCGCCUUCGUCAGCACGUGGAAGUACCUGUCUGCGUAGGGACGGCGCCCUCUCUGACGUCUCACUGAUCAGCAAUGGUGUCUGGAAUGCGGGGCGUACGUCUGUCUCCCUGCGAGCACCCGCGGAAUGCUGGGGAGGGGGGCGUGGCCGGCGGACGGAGGAGGAAGAGGGAGGAGUAUUGCGUGGCCGCCGCCGGGUGUCGGUCGUUGUGAUCCAUCCCACGGCGACCGCGGCGGAGGAGGACCAAAGCUGUCUGGGCUGAGGGAGGCUAGACGGGGCCUGACGAGCCUCACGGACUCAGACCUCCUACCAGGACGCCCCCCCCACCACCAAUCAGGAGGCCCCCCCUCCUACCAGGGCGCCCCUCUUGGGCUUCCACCUGAUGUGUUUACCCCGGGGGGCUCCUGUGUAACUUUCCCAUGUAGUGACCGUGUAACCAUGCCCACCGCUGAGGGCCGACGGAACACCAGCCGACUCUCAAGCAGCACGGUGACAGCAGAUGGCACCGACGUGUGUGUGUGUGUGUGUGUGUGUGUGUGUGUGCGUGCGCGGGCGUCCGGGUAUUAUGGUGUGUUCCUGAUACCUCGGACGCCAGACUUCGGAGGCGAAAGUCGAAGAUCUCCCAGCUUUCUUGUGGCAUUGCUCGAAGGCACGCCCCCUUUUUGUCUUCAUCUUUCGAAAAUCUGAGAGUAAGCCAAGAGCAGUGAUGACGCUCUCAACAAAAUGGCUGCGCCAUUUUGCUCAGGAACACACCAUUAGGACCAGGGCCUGUUGACCGCGCGCUGGUACGUGUCAAGGACUAAAAGGGAAGUGUCCCUCUCUCUCUAUCUCUCUCGCCCUCUUCCUUACCUCUGUUUUGCGAGGGUAUAGACCUGGGGUCACCAACCAGGCACCAGGGCGCACGCAAGGACCAUAUGAGGCGCCCCCAGGCCUGUUAGCACAUCUCAUCCUUGAACAACUCUUUCCCACCAAUUUUAAGUAAUUGUUGAUAAUUAUUGUGAGCAAUCAUUAACAUGAUCAAUGUCUUCACAUAGAUGAUUGUCAUUAAACAUUAAUAAUAAUAUAUAACUAAAGGCAAACUGAGCAAAUUUGUUAUUUCAGAAGGGUAUCAAACUGGGUGCCCCUUCGUAUGAAUCAGUACCCAUGAAGUAGCUCUCAGGUUCAAAAAGGUUGGUGACCCCUGGUGUAGACGAUGUGGGGAAGUUCUCACUGCGGGGCCCCAGUCUACUGCUGAACCAACAGACUACUCCCCCCCCCUCGCUCCCCCUGGGAAGACUGGGCUCAAAGUGUGCACCAGUGCUCACCUCACGCAUGUUUUAGUGUUUUUAUUACCUGUUUGGUGGCACAUGUGACCAGGAAGUGCUUUCGUUUGUUCUUGCACACCGGCUGUUACUGGAACAAAGCGCUGACCUCGGGGCGUCGUCUCGGCACUCGCACCUUCAUCUGACUCCGGGACAGUCUCUCGUUACCCAGGUGCAAAGGGCUGUGCUGAAACUGCUGACGGGAGCUGAACAUGGCCACGGCAGGGCUGAGAAUAGAACCAGGACCAAGAAGUGGAUGCAUUUUUUUUUUUGGGGGGGACGAAAAAAGGAGCAAUCUUCCUCCUUCCGCUUUAUUUUUAGACGGUUGGACUCCGGCUUCCUUCAAUUUUGGUCAGCCUAAGUGUGCGUCUUCUUCCUCGACAUAAAACACGCUUGGCACAGGGGAGAGUGUGGGGGUUCGAGUCCUGCUCGGACCGGAACGCUAAGUGAUGUUCUUGACCGCCAUGUUUUUAAUGUGCAAAGUGUCUCAGGGUUCUGUAUAGUUGUUGUUUUGUCCGUUUGUCUUGUUUUUGCUGAAGGUCGCCUAACUUGUGUCUGUUUUUGUAUAAUACGAGUCAUUUUGACGAUACUUUUUUAUGAAUGUACUUUGUAAAUAGAAAACGAGAGGCAUUUUUUUUGUCCAAGCCUUGUUCCACUAUUUUAUUCCAGUUUAAAUAUAUGUAUAUGUAGGGGUCCAAUUUGCCAAAAUAUAAUGUCAUUUUCUGUGAUUAUAGUGGACAUAAAGGACCAAGAAAUGUGGCAAAGCUUGUGCACAUUUUCUAUAAGCUAGUCAAUGUUGUUUUGAGUAGAGUACUUUGAAUAGAAGACAUUCUGUAAAUAAUUGUACAUACCUUUUUGUAGAAGCCUAUAAUUUGCACAUUUAGUUCAAACUCUUAAUAUUUGUCUUAAUUUUGUAUCACUGUCUGAGAAGAUUAAAAACUCAAAACCAA